AUGUUUAAAGUUUGUAAAAUAAAUAAAGCGGGUAUACCGAAAUAUAUCAAAGUAAAACCACCACCAAGUAAACUUAUAGCAAAGCCACUAUUAAAAGAAAUAAAUAAUGAUUCAUUAUUAGAAAAAAUCCAAAUCAAAGCAUUGGAUAAUAUUAUUAGUAGUAAUAACAAUAAUAAUAAAAACAAUAGUAAUAAUAAUAAUAAUAAUAUAGAUAGCUAUACUAAAUUAAAACCACCAGUUAUUGGGGAAAAGUCCAAAAGAAAAAUAAUUAACCUUGAUAUUCAAAAUAUUAAUAAUAAUAAUAAUUAUACAACAUUUACAAAAGAAUUUAAAGAAUCAAAAUCAAAACAAAAUUUAUUAUAUUCGAUUUAUCCAAUAAAGAAAUUAAUAUUUUCAGAAGAGGAAAAGAUCGAAAUUCACAGAAUAGAAACCCUUUUGGACUCAAACGAGUUGGACAAAGCCAUCGAAUACUACCAUGACUCUUUAUUCAAAGAAGAUACUGAUAUAAAUUAUAGAGGUUUUUCAAUGAUACUUUACUAUCUAUUAAAUAGAGCCGAUUCAGUGACAGCAACACUCGAGUAUUUCAAAUACUAUACAAACGAACAUUACAUCAAUUGGUUAGACUCAAUUGAUUUUAUAGAGUUUCUAAGAGAUUGUUAUCAAAAGUCACCAGAGGCAGUAAAUGAAAUCUACAGUUUUUUAAAUACAAAUAAACUAUUGGAUAUCAAGAGAACAUUUAUAUUUUGUAUAUUUUAUUUGCAAUCCAACUUACAAGAAAAAGCAAUAGAGAUAAUAAAUAAUAGUUUUAGCCAAAGUAGCUCCAAAUCAAAUACACAUAGUCAAGCGGGUGAAGGAGAAUACAGAUAUUUAAAUGACUAUUGGGACUUUAACUCUAAUGGAAAUUUACUUUACAUGAAUAAACAAGUUAUGAAGCGUGAUGCAAAGUCAUUAAAGUAUUUAAAAGAAAUUCAAGCUUUUGAUAAAUUAUUUGCAGUAUCUGGUAAUCAUCUACAAUUUUAUUCAACCAUUACCCAACUUUUUAUACCAAAUGGCAUUAUUACAUCAAAGAAAUUAGUACCUUCACUAAUACAGUUUAUAAAUGUGUGCUUAGAAUCAAAUGAACUUGGAUUAUUAAAUCAAUUAAUGGAACCAUAUCAAUAUAAAAACUCAGCACCAACACCAUUUGUAGAGGAAACAUCCACCAAAGCUCAAAUUUGUGCUCUACUAUACUAUUAUUGCUAUUUUAAUAGUAAUAGUGAAAGUAGUAGCAGUGGUAUAGUAAAUGUUAAAAACUAUUUGUACAAUUCUAUCAUCUCAAAUCAAAUUCAAAAUCCCGAUAAUUAUAGAUUUAAAGAAAUCUUUUUUGAUACAUUGUCAUUAUGUUCAUUGGAGCUUGGGGAUUAUGGCGAAGCAAUUUAUUUUUCAGAUGUAAAAAGAAAUGUUUUAGAAAAGUAUUGCAGCGAAUAUUACAAUAGAACCAUUGGAUUUAAAACAGAUAUCUACUUUCCAUUUAUAGCAUUCAACGAAUACCAGAGCAGAAAAGAAGUAUUAGAAGGUUCAAAUGCAAAUAACGAAAAAAAGAUUAAUGAAAAUAAAAACUCAAUUAAAUAUUGGAAAGAUAAAAAUAAUGAAUCAAUUAUUAAGUUUACCAAUCCAUCACCUCUAAAUUCGAGAUUACCAACAUCAUCAUCAUUUUUAUAUCGUCCAUUAAAUAUUCAAGAGUUAAUUAACGAAACAGAUAAACUUAUAUUUAACAGAAUCGAAAAAAAACAAAUCAAUAAUCCAAGAGAACCAGAUUCAAUUCACUAUUUUAAAAAACUUUUAGAAUUAAGAGAUCAGUUCCCAAAAUUAUCAAACGAUAAAGAAUUUAUUGAAAAUUUUAAACAAUAUUUAUUAUUAAUAAAUGAAGAAAUAUAUAAUAAUAAUAAUAAUAAUAAUAGCAAAAAUAAUAAUAGUAAUAUAAAUUUAAACAAUAUUGUAAAUAUAAAUAAUAAUAAUAAUAAUAUAAAUAUAUUUUAUAAAAAAUUACCACACUCAGAAUUGUUUUAUUCAUUGGUAUCAAGAUUUAAAGAAUACUACGAAAACAUUAAUAUGAAGGAAGAGCUUUUAGUAUUUUUAUCGAAAUUAAAUCCUCAAUUUUCAAACAAUGUUUUCAAUAUUAACAAUGAAUGGUUUGAAUAUCUCUAUGGUAAAGAUAAUGAAGGUUUAAAGUUAAUGGCUGAGACUCUAGAUCAAAAUACACACAAAUCUACAGAGUUUUACAAUUUUUGGUUAUACAAAUUAUCAAGUUCUGAUAAACCUGAAUAUAUAGAGCCACUAUCAUCAUUUUCAUCAUCAAUAUUUAACUCUAAUGAACCAUUAACCACAACACAAAUUAAUAUUUUAAAUGAAAUUAAAUCAAACAAUCCAUGGUGUGAAGAUUCAUUAGAUUUAUUAUUUAUAAAGUUAAAAUUUUAUCCAACAAAUAAUUUUAACGAGUUUAAUGAUCAAGAGUAUAGCAGUAAUCAUAACGAAGAUAAUAAUAGUAAUAAUAAUGGUAAUAUUGAAAACAAUAAUGAAAAUAAUCAAAAGAAAGAAUUAUUUAAAGCUAGAAACAAGUUAAAAGUAUACCCAGUAAAAACACCAGAUUUAGUUAAAUUAUUUUUAAAUUUAUCAAGUAAAGCGUAUCCAAUUAAACAAGAUUUUUCAAAUUUCCAAGAAUGGAACUCAAUAUCACUAAAUUCUACAGAUUGUAUUAGGGCAUUCGUUCAAUCAGUGUGCACCAUUUUAAUUGAGGAAAACAAGAUCAAUGAAUUAAAUAUAUAUAUAAACUCUGAAAGAAAGGUAAUUGGAUCUAUGAAUUUCAAGGUUAUUCUUGAAAUAAUAUCACCAUUAUCACCCAUUGGUCAAAUCUCAUUCAUCCAAAACCAUAUGCGUUUAUCCAAUAGCUAUGCCAAAGAAUUUGUAUCCUACAUUAAAAAAUUAAAAGAGAUUAUACCCCCCGAAAAUAGAUCAGAAUUCUCAAUUAUCGACUCAAUAAUUUCAAAAGAACGAUACACCCCAUCGAAUGAAAUGAAUGAAAAAUUACAAAAACAUAAAGAUUUUAUUUAUUUAUUUUCAAAG